AGGUUCCUCCAACACUAGUGACAAAUCCCGAAUUCUCAUACCAAGAUAUUUACAACUACUCACGCUUCCUGGUAAUCCCAUCCUCAGUAAUUUUGCUCCCCUUCAGCUUGCUUUCUAUUGAGCGUAAUUAAAACCAAGAGUGUCAUGAAUAUUUUUCCCUUUGCGCAACUGUGAUACUCGUAUCAGUGUCCUUGUUAACCGAAACCGCUACUUGUAUAUUAAGAAAUUUUGCUGAAGGUGAUACAUAUUAACAGCUUCUGUUCCUUGCCCCCUCGUAUUUAGGUGCUAAAAGUAGUGAACGAGGGGGGCAACUGCAACGACGCAUAGAUUUCAUCCGGGUUCGAACAAAGCUACGCCUACUGAUAAAUCGAAGAGCAAAAAAGAAAGGAAGCAUAAUUUUGCCAAGAGCCGUCCUUGUAACCAUACAUCCAGAAUAAGUAGCCCCACAGCCACAACGUGUUGAUUCUCUUUGUCAGUUGUAGUGAGGAUCCACUUCUUCGGAGGUGAAGAAGACUAGAACUAAGACUAACCAAUUUGAACUUACAACACGAAUCGACAACCACGACCCUCAAAAGAAAACACCAUGAAUCCGGAAUACGACUACCUGUUUAAGCUGCUGCUGAUCGGCGACAGCGGUGUGGGGAAGAGUUGUAUGUAAAGAAAAAAGUGCUACAGUUACACACAUUCAUAUUAGUCUAUGCAAAGCACGCAAGACAAACAACCUCUGUAAUGCGCAAGAUGCGGCCUGCGAGCAUCGUUUCAUGUGUGCUUGCGCAAGUUUGUGAUGCUGAAUUCACUACAAAUGUGUAAUUGUGACACUUUUUUCCUUGGAUAAGUUGUCUGCUUUUGCGGUUUGCGGACGACACUGUAUGGAAGGGGAAAAGCGGAUUUUUCUUCUGUCGUGCCAGUGUACUGGGAUCACUCACCUACUCACUGGCUCGAAAAUGCGGUUUGUGUUUGUCAUGCUUCUAAGCAAAAUGAAAAGCCUAGCCUACACCUACUACACUAGGAAGCUACAUGGAUCAACAUCCGGCGCACCUGGCACUGGUAGAAAAAAUCGUUUUUCCGUUCCACAAAGCUACACACAAUCCUACAUCUCUACCAUUGGUGUGGAUUUUAAGAUUCGAACAAUCGACUUGGAGGGGAAAACAGUCAAGCUGCAAAUCGUACUUUUUGUUUUUUUUCUUUAUGCAUUGUCAUGAUGUACUUAAUUUGAAUUGAUUUUGUAUUAGACACUACACUAUAGACAUACAUAAUUUCGAUCUGCGCUUGAGCAAUUGAAACUGAAAACACAACAGUGGGAUACCGCCGGUCAGGAGCGAUUCCGAACCAUAUCCAGGAAAAAAACUGUGUAGAUGUAACUUUGUAGGAAGAGCAGCAUCACAAAUUCGUUCUGCAUUACAGGGAAAACCUGCCAUGCGCAGCUAGUACGUGAACAUACGUAUGAUAGUAGCCUAUGACGCACAUCCAGCAUGACAAGUGUAUACAAUUUUGCAUUUUCUGCAUCACAGACUUACACUCACAGAGUUUUUGUCUUGCAUAAACCAUCACAUCAUCGUACUACCGGGGUGCACAUGGCAUCAUAUCAAAUGUAAAGAUGUCUGGGUCUGGAAGAAUUCAUGUUUGUCAUGCUUGCCUGGCAUGACUCUUAAAUCUGUCAUGCACGUUACCCAAGAGCUCCGUUUUUCUGUGAUGCAGAAGCGCAGUUUGUCAUGCAGAAUAGGCAACACCUAGGAGCUCAGAAACCUGUCAUGCUGAGCCAGCAUUUGUAGCCUCAUCAUGAGACGCCACCCAGCAUCACAAGUUUCCAGACCCAGACAUUUUUACAUUUGAUACAUCAUCAUCGUGUACGAUGUCACGGUAUGAAGUGGAAAAGUGAGAGGCGCGAUGAUGCAUCACAGAGUAUUUUUUGAACUGAAUCAUGUAUGUAAUGAAAUGCAGCAAGACAAGUUUCUGGCUCCAGCUCCACUCCAUCUGCAUUUUCUAGUACUUGUCAUGUUGCGUUUUCUAGUACUAGGUAGUACGACUACGCAAAUCUUGAUCUUUUCCAAUCCAUACCCUGACCGAGAAUCAUUCAACAACGUGAAGCACUUUAUCCUGCGGAAAAUUCUUGCCAACUGCUUCUGGUGCAAUCUGUCAUGCGGAGAAGUAACAAAGCAGGCCACAGCGUCGAUUUAUCAUGCAAAGGAGGCAACAAGAUGCAUGUGCAACUGCAAGUGCAUAAGUAUCGAAUACGAUUUAUCAUUAUCAAUGCGCAUGACAGACACAGACAGCGACAGGGUAGAUGGCAAUUUUUCCGAUGGAUACUCUGGGUACAAGAGAUAGAAAAGUACGCAGCGGAUGGCGUGAAGAAGUUGCUGGUACAAAUGAAAUGAAUUUGUCAUGCUGUGCAUGCAUGUUGAUUCAAACCAUUUCUAAUGCUGAUAUUCCGUCACUGAAAGUAUUUGAUCAUCACCAUCAUCAUGCGUAAAAAUCGAAAUCUAAAACCUAUCAGGUGGGUAACAAGUGCGAUUUGCAGUCUAAGAAGGUUGUUUCGUACGACGAGGCAAAGGAGCUAGCGGACUCGCUCGGAAUCAACUUUAUGGAGACUUCCGCCAAGAACAGCCAUAACGUCGAGCAGUCCUUUAACCUGAUGGCCUCGGAGAUUAAAACGAAAAUCGCGUCGCAGCCCAAGUCCACCGGAACGGGCGGCAUCGGGUUGCAGCCGGGCGUGCGACCCGGCGCACCGGUCGGCGGGGGCUGCUGCAACUAGAGUUGUUGUUUCGUGGUGCUGGGGAAGAAAGGAACAACAUCUGGGUCUUUUGAAAGAAGGUUUGGUAGAAAAGUUGAGUAUACAUCACUCAGGAUUUACAGACUUCUUUGUUUUGAGCAAAUUGGUGACUACUACAAUUUUGAAAUUGUUGGCCGCAAUAAAGUCAAUAAACAGGCUUGCGCUGCGAUUUCUACAACAUCAAGUAUCCGGGGGAGGAUAAGCAAAAAAAUGACUGUGAUAUAUACUCCUGAUCAUUUUGUUUGGAACUGCUUUCUAGCGACUGUUUCGUUUACCAUUAUCUUUUUCAAUAACAAGUAUACGCUCACACUAUAGAAGAACAAGAAGCAAAGACGACCUCCUGGCAGAUCCUCCUGCAACUAAAAUCGUUGCUGUGGAGCAUCAAUCUGAGGCGUCAAGAUCAAUCGGGGAGCACGACGGCAGCUCCUCGUUUGCAACAAGCUUUGUGAAUAUUUAGAUUUGACACCAAUUCGUUUGAGGUUUUUGAUUUUUUUUCAUUGUUUUCAAAAAGAUUGUUGAGAUUCAGAUUCACAACUCGUGCUUUUUACGACCAAGAAUGCCGCUGUUGUUUUCGUUAAUUUCCUGUACACAAAGUAGACGAUCGACCACCCCCGGCGACAGUUUUUUUCCACCCAGCAAGAAACAUUAUGCUCCUCGGGAACAAUUGUUUUUACCCCCACCAGAGGCUCUUCGAGCGAGUUACCUACAACACGAGGAGCAGGAGUACCAUGAUCCAUGACUGCAUCACAAACACAAUUCAAGAUGAGCAAGACACACUCGAAGAUUACUACCCAGACGACGAACUCGAUCGAUAAAAGAAAACUACGGAUCUUUGACUUGCUUCUCAUUCUCUGUCCGUGUUCUGGUGGAGCAGGUAGCAUCUCAAUCACGGUCACGGAGCCCGGCGUCCUAGCGUCGGCGAUCAUUCAGAUUCUGCAGGAGCUCCAGAG